CAAAUUCCAUAACAUUUACAUUAUUCAUUUCUGCAAUUUUAAUAUAUUUUUCUUUUGCGUUGCCUUAUUAUACUAGACUGUAAUCAGAGUAGAUACGCAGCAUAAAGUCUCGGUGAAUUUCUCGCUUUCCACCAAAAAGAUAAGGCUGCAAAUUUGCAAAAGCCUUAUAAACCAGUCUUUUCCACCAUUCAUAGGAAGAAUAUGGAUUCUAAAUAUCAAUGAAAAAUGACAGCUUAUAGUUGGAAACCUUUAGAUGUAAUUGUUUUGGGCGGGGGAUUGGGAGGUCUUGCUGCAGCCAUUUCGAUGAGAAGACAAGGUCAUAAGGUAAGAAUAUACGAAAGAUACGAUUAUGCUGGAGAAGUCGGUGCUUCCCUUUCUUGUGCUAGUAAUGGUGGUAAGUGGCUUCACGAAUGGGGGGUCAAUGCUUGGAAAGCUAAGCCAGUUAUCUUGAAUAAAUUGAUCAAGCGUGAUUGGAAAACUGGGAAGAUAGUUGGUGAGUAUCCUUUGGGAGAUUACGAAGCGAAGUUUGGAUAUCCGUAUUACAACUUUCAUAGAAUUGAUAUACAUAAUGUCUUAAAGGAUUAUGCUAUAUCUGAAGAAGGUGAAGGUACCCCUUGUGAAUUAAUCUGCAAUCAUAAAGCUAUUGAAGUUGACUAUAAAUCAGGAAGAGUAGUGUUUGAGAAUGGGAUCGAAACACAGGCGGAAUUGAUUAUUGCUGCAGAUGGUAUAAGAAGCUUAACAAAGCCUCAAUUGGGUAUUAAACCGAAAUUUACAAGAUCUUCUUCUGGAUGUAUUAGAGUUUUGUUUGAUACUAAAACGGUGAAUGAAUUAAAUUUAACCGACUUUUCAAAUAAUGAUGCUAUUGAGUUUUGGGGAGACACCAAAUAUAAAGUGGUUUUAUCGCCUUGUUCUAACAACGAGGUUAUUUCUUGCUAUUGCUUCUAUGCUGCUAAGGGCGAGGACACCAAGUCCGAUUGGAGCAAUGACAUUUCACUAGAAGAGUUAUUGGAAAACGUUUCUGAUUUAGAUCCUGCUUUGACAGAAUUAUUUUCAAAGUGUGGAUACGAUAUCAAACAAUGGAGAUUGUACGUCCAUGAACCCUUACCAUAUUUUUACAGAACAAACGGUGACGGUACCAAGGGAGUAACUCUAUUAGGCGAUAGUUGUCACUUCAGUCUUCCAGAUCAAUCCCAGGGAGCAGUGCAAGCUUUCGAAGAUGCUGGCGCUUUAGGGUACAUUUUCUCCAAGAAAUUCAACCAUACCAUUGAGCAAGGAUUGCAACUAUACGAAGCAGUUAGAAAACCAAGAGUUUCCAAAAUUCAAGCUGCUUCGGCUAGAGCAAGAGAGAAUUUGAAUGAAAGAAUUGGCUGGAGUUCAGGAGCUCAAGAUAUUAAAGAAGAUAAGAAGCUCACGAUUGAAGAGGUUUGUGGUUACGAUAUGAAGGGCCAUAUCGAUCUGUUGGCUAAUAAUAAUAACCACUAAUUUGGUUCGUAACUUAGUUAUAAUUGGCC